AAUGGAUCAAUUGGAUUAGAAAUAGUUAGAAUAGCUUAAGUAAUAAUAGGCAUAGAAGGAACAAAUGGAAGAAGUCAAAAAGUCUAUUCUGACCCAAAUAUUGACACCUGAAGCAAAGCAAAGAUGUAAAUACAUUGAAUAUUUCAUAUUUAGUGGCAAAUAUCAAAUUGGUUAAACCAGAGAAGGCAGAGUUGAUCGAAGUCCAGCUUUGUUAAUGGGCCAAACAAGGGAAGAUUACAAAUCAACUUUCUGAGGAUGAAUUGAUAAAAUUACUCGAAGCAGCAGAAGGAUAGAAAAAACAAGAAACAAAAGUUACUGUAAAUUUACAGUCUAAAUUACAUAGUUUAAGAGAAGAAAAUUGUCUAGUGAUGAUGAAGAUGAUAUAUGAUAUGGG